GUCUUAUAAAUGGUGUUGUGUUGUCCGUUGGUUUUGUAAGUCAUCUGUCAAAUAGAAAAGUACUUGAAUCAUGUUUAUGACAACAUCAAUAUACUGUAUAAUUGGAUGUAGUGCUGGCUAGAAGAAAUAAGAUAAGUUUUCAUAGCUUAUUAAUUAGUCCGCAUCGUUGAGAAAUUUCAGUGAACAUGCCAGAGAAAAAACGUAAAGAACUUUAUAUGGGAAAGACUAUAUUGGAUUUGCAAAAACAUUAUGAUUUAUCAAAACUAGGCUCAGCGAAAACCAAACUACUAUGCAACACUGCAACUAAGUUGUAUGCAGAGGCUGAGAAGUAUCAGAGAGAUGGUGAUGAAGAAAUGUGUUACAUUACCUUAAUGAAAUUCUUGGGUCUAGUGACAAAAAUCAGAUUGUCUAAAGAUUAUCAAGAGGACAAAAAGUUUGUUAUAAACCUGCUGGGGCCACAUAGAACACAGACUGCCCUGGAAUGGGCAGAGAGACUUUCCCACAGUUUGGAAAACCGGUAUAAACUAAGGGAAGAGAUUGAGCAGUCUCAGCUGGCCAAUAAGAUCGUACCAGAUACCAAUUCAAAACCAAACAAUGCAAAGUCCUUCAGUAACACAAGCUCUCCAAAGAACUAUGAAAAUGCCAUUCAAGAACCGUGGGGCUCGACCAUCUCUUGUACAGAGCUGUACAAACUCUUGGCUGAAGCUAAAAAGAAGAUUCUAAUAUUUGACGUACGACCAACGUCUGAUUAUAACAACUCUCACAUCACUCUUACAGAAAUACUACACAUUCCAGAGGAACUUGUAGAAAACGGGAUGUCAGCUGCCAAGUUGGGAAACUGCCUGCCGGCUGAAGCCAAGACCUUGUUCGAAAGAAGAGGAUUAGUGGACCUGGUGGUGCUCAUGGACUGGUUCUCGCUCGACAACGAUCUACCAGCCAUCAACAAACUCAGCAUAUUGAGGUCUAUACUUACCAAAUGGGAUCCUGGAGUGGAGUACAAACACAAGCCGGUUGUUCUGAAGGGAGGCUACCAGGAAUGGCUGGACACCUACCCAUCGUUCACGAGCAACCCCAGAGCCGGCGCGCCCUCGCAGAGCUCCGGAGACAGCCUGGACAGCCUGUUGAAUAGUAUAGAGUACGCAGACUUGGACGGCAGCGCGGAGAAGCCACCAGCGCGGACGGUGGCCCAGCCUGGGGACACUGCGCAGUCUCCUCUGCAGCCGUGGAUGCCGGUCGUCGACAGAUCCUCCAAGCCGCACGUCUCGGUCCGCGUGCCCAGCGGCGGGAGUCAGGUCUCGAGCGUGAGCGCGGAGGAGACCGCAGAUGGUUUGCCUGACAGCUCACCCACCGACGGCGACGGCGACACACACAGUAUUGGUGCUGAAAGGUCGGAGGGCUCCUUGCCUGUGGUGGACCGGGCAGCCAAGGCACGGGCACUACAGCGGUACAAGGAGUUGUCCCGGGAGCGGGAGGCGGCGGCGGAGCGAGCUCUGCAGUUGGCUCGGGCACGGGAUGACGUGGAGGGGGAGUGGCUGGAGGUGCGGGCCCGGAGAGAGGGGGAGGCGGACCGAGAGCUGGGUGCCUCCUUGCAGGAGCAGGAGGAGCAACUGCUGAAGAAGAUAUUGCGGCUGGAGAGCGAACUGCAGGUCACGGAUGAAGAGAACAAGGCUCUUAGGAAAGCGCUUGAAUCCAUGCGCAAAGAGAAGGAAGCUGCAGAAAACGUGCUGCCGGUCUCUAACACGGAGAUAGCAGACAUCGAACAACGAAUCCGUAGCAAAGAAGCGGCCACAGAUAGUUUGGAAAAAAAAAGGAAAGAAGAUGCUGACAAGAGACAGGCAGAACUGGAGAAAGCUCGUGCAACUAAACCAGCUACAAUGAGUGCCAAGUAUGUUCCGCUGAAAGAUGAAGGCACCAGUGGAUCGUCAGGUCAGAUUAAGCGUUCACAUUCAUUUCCGAACCUUGCACAGAUGGUGGAUGAUGAAGCUGUGAGCGUGAAACAAAGGGUGCCCAAGUAUGACAGAGCCAUCAAACCAGUAGAAAAGGCACAGGCAUUCGAAACUAAUGCAGCACGAUCGAGAAUCUGGAAUGCCACAUACGGAAGAGCAGGUCAAGGUUUGACUGGACUGAAAAAUCUUGGUAACUCAUGCUACAUGAAUUCGAUAAUCCAGUGUAUCAGCAAUACCACUUCCCUGGCUUUCUACUUCGUUGAAGGACAACAUCACAAUGACAUGAACAAGAGUGCUAAGACGUGUGGCCGAGUCGUAGAAGAAGUUGCUGCUGUCGUACGGAAAUUGUGGAGCGGGCAGUUGCGUAGUAUUGCCGCAUAUGACCUGAAGGCCGUGGUGGGACAGCUGAAGAGCUCCUUCAAGGGCACGGAGCAGCAGGACUCUCACGAGUUCUUCACUCUCAUCAUGGACUGGCUGCACCAAGAACUGAACAAGAAGAGUGGGAUCUCGCCAAAGAUGAGCAAGAGCCUGUCGAAGCUGCCGCCAGAUGAAGUGGAGUGGGAGAAGUUCCGCAGCAGCAAUGACUCCAUCAUCCAGACACUGUUCUUCGGCCAGCAGACUUCUACAGUGACGUGCUGCACUUGCUCCGAGAAGUCUGUCACAUACGAGCCCUUCUCCACCUUGUCCCUGCCACUACCGAGCUCCGUCAACAAGUGCACUCUGCAGGAGUGUUUGAGGUUGUACCUGCGGGAGGAGACGCUAAGCGGCUGGAACUGCCCGUCCUGCAAGGAGUCCCGCGAUGCAGUCAAGAAAUUCGACAUUUUGAGACUUCCUGAGAUAUUAGUCAUUCAUUUGAAGAGGUUCCAGCACGACGGGUGGAGCCGCAAGAAGCAGAUGAUGGUGGACUUUCCUGUGUGCGAGCUGAACAUGAAAGAGUUCACGUUUCUCCCGGAGCAGUCGCACACCUUGUUCAACCUGUACGCGGUCAGCAACCACUACGGCACCAUGGAGGGCGGCCACUACACGGCCUUCUGCUACAACCACGCGUACCGCAAGUGGGCCCGGUUCGACGACCAGGAGGUGAGCGAGUUGUCGCAGGGGGAGGUCCGCACCAUGGCCGCCUACAUCCUCUUCUACCAGAGUGCCAACAGCCUGCGACACUUGGACAAGUGAACAUUUCUUUUAUAGAGCUUUAUUUAUGUUUUGUUAGUACAUGAGUAGAUUAAUACUUUAAAGCCCGAGUCAACUUCAUCGAAACAGUUUGUUGAAGUAGUUCCAAGUCCUCACUGAACUAAAAGUACUAAAUAGUGAAGUAAUAAAUUGUAAAAACAUUUUAUGUACAUAAUAAUUAUAACUACAUAUUCUGAAGCAGAAAUAUGCUAGUAUCACAGAUUAAAAAUACAUACUUAUUAAUUUAUUGGGAUGAAAUGAGGGUUGUGAAGAUAAGGGUCUUUUUAUUGAAGUGAAAACAUCUUUAGCCGUGUUGAGCCAUGCUAGUGACGUGCUGCGCCAUACUGGCGACACGCAGCGGCCUGUGUACAUGUACACGAAUAUAUACACUAAUACAAUGUAUAUACUUGACUUAUCAUGUGUGUGUUGUACUCUUUUUUGGAUGGGUAAAAUCUUGUGAGUUUGCGUCACCGAAAUGCUAUAUUAGCAGUAAGUGAAGUUAAAUUGACCACGUGAAAAGUUUAUUUUGUGUAUACUGUGCAUUGCCCAGUGAACACAUGACCUAGGUCUGACAUCACUGGUAAGUCAUAGCUAGGUAAUGAAUUUUUACGUAAUUUUGACAUACCACUGACGUAUGUUGUGACUAAAAAAUUAUGUAAGGAUAAAUGAUAUCAUGCUGACAUACUGAUAUAAUACCAAAAUCAGUUUCUUAUGUGCAUUUGACGUAGAAAUUGUCAUAUUACACAUUUAAAAAACAAAUUUUUAAGUUUUCACUUCUGUUGACAGUCCCCAUGACUGCUUUUCUUUCUAGUGAUGUCUUUACAUAACUUUAUUAUUUUACUCGUGUAUGGCUGAAACAGUUGCUAAUGUUUUCACAAAAUAUUUCUGUCUUUGGUAUUAUUAGCAAUGUAAAUUAAUAUGGUGUAUAAUUUUGUGUGAAAAAGUAUUGUGAAAAAUUUAGUAAAAAAAAUUCAUUUUAAUCAUUGCACUGUUCCUACACAAUACUCAGUAGAAUAAAAUACUUUUUGGUGAAACAGUAUGUGGAAAUAGUGAGCAGUUUUAAAUAUUUGUUUAAAACAUGAAAAGAACAUGUAAGUCAGGGUGGGUGGGGGAAUUGUGUAGGCUGACCCAGAUACAGGCCGAAAACAGUUAUUGAUGAAUAAUUUAGAAAUAAUGCAUAGCUGGCUGAACAAUGGUUUUCUGUUUGUCACUUGCGUGGUGCCAUUGCUUGAGUUCUUCUUGCUGAAGGUAUAUUCCGUAGCAUUCUCAGAACCACGGCACAGCCGUCCGUGGGAGGUACUCGUUGCCUCUGGUGGGUACUUCACUCCGUAUAGAUCUUCAACACAUUCCCAAUGAGCUGCAGUCAUUUACAACUUUAUUUGCUUUUAAUUUAUAAUUUCCAGCAUUAAUAAAUGAUGAAAAGUAAACUUUACUUGGCUAUUCCUCUCCGAAGCACUUAUUUUAAAUUAGAAAUAUAAUACCAUAUUCACCUGCAUAUUUGUCACAUUAAUUUUACUGGAUUUGGCUAAAAAAAACAAUAAAUAAAUAAACUGGGCUGCAACUAUUGUGAGGAAUUUUUGAGGAAUCAAAUUCAGAAUAACUCUUCUGUACCCAAAGAUGGUAAAAAAAAUAAAAUAAUAUUGCUGGAGACACGAAUGGAUGUUACUGAAAUGUUUACCUUAUUUUUAAAAAAAUUUUAAUUGAGUCUAAUACAGGUGUUUGCCUUGGCUGUCAGUUGUGAAAGUGUGGUUACUUGGAGCGUCCCCUAUGCAGGGGAAGGCGAAGCAUGUUCCACUUCCCCGAAGCCGCGUGCAGCGUAACACCACCGACUCACUCAGCUAGUUUCCCCUUGCCCAGUGUUGUCUCCGUGGAAACAACCAGUGACAUGGACAGUAUGGAUAACAGAGCAGAUGGAAGAGUCUAACACUUUUUUCCCUUACAGAAUAUUCCACUUAACAGUCCCAUUCUCACAUGGUUUUGAAUAUACCAUUGCACCCCUUGAAAUUUGCUGUGUACAAUCACAGAUUCAAAAAAAAAAAAUAGGUUUAUAAUUUCAAGCUACAGGUUGGUUCAAGGUAUUUAUAUAACCAUAUGGAUUUUUUUGUUAUAAUGCUAUACAACAAAUUUCUACUAAAGAAUUUGUUUUCGUGAGUGGUAUGACUAAAGGAAGCUGCAACAAUAAUUAGGAAGUUGUAUAUGAAUCACGUAUUGAGUUUCUGUCCUACACACACCAUUGUAAGCACCUGUCUUGCAAAGCUGAGAUGUUACAACUUCCAGCAUUAUUACUCCUACUCUGCUUCUUCCCCUACCUAGCAGCCAAUGCGAACACACGGCUUGAAGACAGAAAUAUCAACCACACUUGUUGUCAUUUGUUAUCAAUCUGUAUACUAGGUAUAUCAUUAUUCUUAUUUGAGGUGUAAAGUAGCGGUGGUUUACGAUUUUUGAAGGAAGGAAUUUUAAUGCCAGUAGUUUAGAAAAUAUAAGGACAAUUGAGGUAAUGUUAAUAUAAAUUAUAAAUAAAUACGUAAUGCAUCAAGAAUGUUUCUUCUAUCCUUUAUAGAUCCUAAAGGGAAAUUUAUAGCAAAAGUGUUAUGUGUUAUUUGUUAUUUGAGCUCAAUAAUUUGGAAAUUAGUUUUGAAUUUUGUUGAGUUUUUCGAUGUCAGUACCGUUGGUGUUAUUCCAAAUAAUGGAACCAUAUUCAAGAUUAGAUCUAAUAACUAAUAAGGGUUAUGAAGAGGGACUAAGUGGAAUAAAAAUUUGUAGAAUGUAGGUAAUGAACUUAAUGAGACCAAGAGUUCUGUUAGAAUGAGAUAUAAGGGAUUCAAUGUGUAAAUGGAAAUUUAAUUUGGAAUCAAGUAAAAUGUCUAGAUCUUUUAACAUAGAGUGAUUUGAGAUGUCAGACUGAAAUAGGCAACAGUCAUGAUAGGAUGAUAUUUUUCGAUGUAGUUUUAAGUCAUCGGCGAAAAGAUUUCUAUAGGAGUGGUUUAACUGUAAGAUUAAGUAGCCCCUCAAGAGGGGAAACGAGAAACAAUUGUGUUUGAGUGAAACCAAAGAAAUGGCAUGUUGAGAGCUGCACAUUUUAUUACCUGUGAAUAUAUGGUUAACAAAGACAAAUAUAUAAAUCUCGAGCACUCAACUGGUCUUGUGCACAUGUUCUUUGUUUCUUGACUCGCUCAAGGACGCACACACCAUGUGCUUAACAACAAACACAUAUGUAUUCAUUAUUACUAACAAGUCAUACAUCAACUUCAACAUGUUUUGAAAUCCUAUUUUUCUGAAGGAAAAAAAGUGAAUAAUUAUGUUUGAAAUAAUUAUUGCCUCAAAUAUUUACAAUAGCAAGACUGGAAAGAAUAGAAAACUUGCAUACAUUAAAUUAGACUAAACCAAGCGAGUAAUAGCUUAAGAAUAAAAUAUCUGAGGCAAACAAAUAAGGACAAAAAUUACAUUUAACUGAACCAACUAUUUACAAUAUUACAACUAUCCUCAAACAUUUAAACUGAGUGUACAACACCUCAAACUUCAAUAUUUUACCCGCAAAACCUCUACCAACUUUAAAUGAAACCCCUCGAGUCUGUGGGUGAAAACUGGCCAGACACUCGCCUUACAGAUUGUAGGGCGUCCUGUCCCAAGCUUGCUUGUCGAGUUGUCUCUUCCACCAGCACGCCUGCCGACCAGCACUCUCCUGCCCCAACAGCACUCGAUGGCAUGCUUCCAACAAGGAACAGCGAGUUGCCCCGACGACUGUGACACAACGACGCGAAGAACAGGUCACAGCCCUCUUCGUCCACGUACAGCAAGUCCGCCCCUGUCACUCUCAACCAGGGGGCUUGAAACAACUGCUCCUUUGCACAUACUCAACACUCUUACAUAAAGUCCAUAAUGAUUGCUUCGGGGCUAGAAGUCACUGUCAAGAAGAAAGUCAAGGUUAGGUAUAUAAUUACUCUGCCAUGACAUGCAGGCCUCAAACCAACCACCACAGUCACACACAUAAGCCACGAGUAUUCCCUUCAGAGUGUCUGCUCACUAUCUCGUACUCGCUCAGGGAGUAUAGCGAGUAUGCUACUGUCAAUAUUCCACAGGUCCCAAAAAAGUAGAGCGACUUUUCACAUAAACUUGCCCGACGAAUCCCCAACUCGGUCUACGAGUAGACGCUUCAAAUCGCCGAUGUUUACCUUCUUUGGUAAGUCACUCUCCGCAGCAUUGCCUUCGGGUCCCUCCUCGACGAAUGGGCUAAGUCCGAUUUCCAAAGUAACAUGCAAGUUGAGUUUACCAGUCUCAUGUACUAACUCCACUUUCGAUGUUCGAUGCGUGCUCGGGCAUAGUGACGUUCCUGGUGGUCUGGCCGGGCAGCAGCAGGACGAGGAUCGUGGAGUUGUGCUUCGUGCUCCUUCCUCCCGCACUCUCCGUGCUCUGUGCUCCGAUCAGGGGUGUGUAUACUCCUCAGGCGCGCCUCCCUUCUUCCUCGAAUAGCCCAGAAGGUCCGAGGUACUUCUACUUCGGCGGAGACAAAAGGAGGGAUAGUAGUCACGUGAGGUCACGUGGUCACAUGGUCAUCCCCACCACUCCACUUCUUAAGCCGAGGCUAGCGAAACCAGCGGUAAUAACUUGUCUGCACCCUUGUCAACACCCGCAGCACACGGGUGUUGGACGGGAUUAGAACCAUUCAGGGGUACCAGUCCAAAUCAAGGGGAAAAACGUUGUGGGUAGCGACUAGCAACCACAACAAUUAGUAUAUCAUUAAUACAAAUAUUGAAUAAUAGGUGUGAAACCAUGCCACCUUGAGGACAGCCAGAAGUAGCGAGAUGUAGAUUGGAAUUUACAUUGUUUAUUAAUACUGCUAUCGCAUGGGGGUGUUGAUACUAAUUUAAUCAAACUGUAUUGUUAUGUUGUGGUUGCCACCACAUGGAAUACUGGUCAUGUGGACUCAGCAGCUCUUGUUUCAGGACCGUGACAUCUCCCAUACGUAGCGUGGCACGUAUCCCCAAUUUAUAUUAAAACACUUUAAACAAAACUACGUCCACUCUCAGCGUUGGCCACGCUAUAUUAUCGAAGGCAGUGGGCUCUUAGGGCGUCCCACAGUCUGCCAUGCACAUGGGCACGAAGAAGAGAGUAACACAAUUUGAAGUACACACACUUGUACACGUAAAGAUUUAAACUGAGUCAAUCGACAGACAUGUUUUUUUUCUGCCCAAAUGUGUAGCUACUUUGGUCAGCAACUACGUUGGUUGGUUUUCUGCAAGAACUUUAGGUAUCGUGUUCUGUGAAAUCAUGGAUCCUUUAUACUUUCUGUUAUAAAAACACUCAAGCCCACUUUUAAAACCAUGGGUAUAACUAGACAAAUCUGUUUAUGGCAAGGUGUCCCCACAUGUGGCCACACAAAUAAUUGGGUAAUCGUGGUUAAAAACCUGAAUAAAGUGAAAAUGCAAUUAAUUAAACAUCCCGCCGGCCAGAGUAGCCCCGCAAACAAACGUAAAAGGUUUUUGAGAAUUAAAUAACACAAGCGGAAACUAGUUAUCGCCGUUAUCGGUAAAUGCAAGCGGUGAUGUCCCCGGGGUUCUGGCGUGGCUGUUCUCGGCCGGUGAUGUCGAAGGAAUGCUCUGCAUGGCAAAUUUGCCCCUUCGUGCUGAACCAAACUACUGUGUUGUUUUUAAGAUUGCAAGCCAAGGGUUAUUAAAAACUAAACACACAAAACACUCUUAUAAUUACUGUGCAUUUUCUUUCGGCUAUAUUACUUAAGGACACACAGUAAUUUAAAAGUUAAUAUUUAAAUAAAGUCUGGCUUCAAGUGGGCUUGGGUCCGCCUCAAGAAUGUCCAUUGCCAUCUUUAUGUUACUAAAAAUUAUGUAUAAAAAUUACGAAAGAAAACCCUUCCGGCUGAUCUGCCGUGACACAAACCCUUGGGGACAGUAAUAAAAGUUUACAAUUUAAUUAAUAAUAAUAUAAGGGGAUAGAGCACUGCAGCUACGGCUCCCUCUUGCGGGAGUCUGGUGCGCCACACGUACACGCACAGGCACGGCGGACUGUUUGAGACAGAGGGUGAUGGUGGUGGGAGAAGGGGUCUGAAGCAGGGAGGCACAUCUGGUGUACGACGUCAAUACAAGGAAGAUGGCUUGGUAGCCAAGUUAAGUAAUUAUCACAUAGACCGAAUUUAGAACAUUUGGUAAGAGCUUUGGCUAAGUCAAAAUUACGUACAAGCAUCAACUUGCCAACAAGUAAAUAAGGUUUAAAAAGGAGACUAAAUUAGUUGUGGUGGUUUUCACUGUUAUGAAACCAUGUUGAGAGAUGGUGAAUUGAUUUUUUUUAAAUUGAAUUCAAGAUGUUUUAAUAUAAUUUUAUCAAAGAUUUUUGUAUAACCACUGAGAAGUGAAAUAGGUCUAUAGUUUGAGACAUCAAGCUUGUUACCUUUUUUAUAUGUGGGAAUUACUUUAGCUGGCUUCCAUUUGAAAGGAUAAAUACCACUGUUUAUACUACUAUUUUUAUAUAUGUAAUAUCGUAAUAUGCUGAAGGAUAGGGGUAAGGAUAAUAAAAUUAAGAUUAUCAUCAGGACCUUUCGAGAAGGUUGAUUUUAAUGUUUUAAUACUCCAAGAGGACAAGGCUUUUAGAUAUAUUUGUUAUGGGGAAAAACUAUUAGAGUAAAAAGUAGGUAGAUUAAUGUUGCUGGUAGUUGUUACAUAGACAGUGGAAAAGUAAUCGUCAAGACAGUUAGCAAUUAGUGAAGGAUCAUUAGUUACUUAAUCAUUUACCUUCAGUGAUAGUUGUUGAUCGUAGCCUUUUCUCAUAAUUCGAAAGUAUUUCCAGAAUUUUUUAUUUAUAUUUUGGAGCCAAUAUUUUUUUAUUUACAUAUAUAAGCAAUUUAGCCUCUUUUCUAAAGCGAGAAAACAGAGAAUAGUCGAGAGGAUUCAUAUUUCUUUUGUAUAAUUUAUGAAAUUAUUUUUAGUUAUAGAGAUUUUAUGAGUUGUUUAGAAUACCAGUGGGGAAACUUGGAUGUAUAUUUUACAGUAGUGGGAAUGUGAAAUUGUAUUAGAUCUUCUAUCAUGGAUGUUAAGUAGAUGUUAUGUUAUGUUAAGUACCAUUAUUUACAUCAUGAUUUUUGUAAAUGAAUGACCAGUUAUGAUUAUUCAAAGUGUUAAAUAGACCAAGAAAAUACCGUGUUAGUACUAAAUAAUGCAUAUAAAAACCUGGAUGCGUAAACAAUCAAAUAGAAACGAAUAUGUAUAUGGUAGGUGUGUUCCUCACCACAAUAUUUACCUUUCCGAGGAACCACAAAGUUAUAGCUGUUAAAAUGGUACAUUGUUUUCCCGUUCAUGUAUGUGAAAGGGAUGAGCACUCAAUCUGUGAAGUAGGCUGACGCGUUAUACCAUACAGACACUGCAAUUAGACUUGGAAACUGCUGUUUAGCUGGCAAAUGGCAGGUGUGUUCCGCCCAAGACAAGUCAGUUCAGAAGACGAGCGUGCUAGCACGGUGGCAUUACCCACGGGAUGGCCUUGUCGCCCUAGUGCGUGCUCUUGUUUGCCAAGUGAUGCUGGGUCUGUCGGGCUCACAGCAUAAGACUAGAUUGUGCAGACUGUGGAACUAGCGGGUUGGUUGUGUCUCUCGGUGUGUUUGUCAGCAAGUUCAGCAUAAUCCCAGCUGACGGUGACACUGUGGUACGACGUGCCGCUCACAGUGUGUGUCUCUGAUGAUGCCUCAGAGCUCGGCGCUGUCAGAGCAUGAGUGCCUGAACAUCCAUCUUUCACAGGUGAACUGUGUGCACAUGGUUGCAAGCGACACAGCACCCCGGGAACAGGAGGGUUACUUACUUGCAGAGGUAACGUACCUCAAACUGUGCUGUGAUAUUUGAUCGUCUGAUUUUUAGUUUCCGUGCAUUAUGAACACCUUUGGUAGCAGAAGUUCUGUUUGUCAUUUGAGUCCAAGAAUAACACAUGCUGGUUGCAGAUCAUACCAGCUAAAAGGAAGGUUUUUUUGUAAAAGUUGUUUGGAUUUCAAGUAUAUCUUUCAGUAUUCUGCCAAAUAUUGUUUUUAAUAUAAUCGAGGCUGUUAUCAUUGAGAAAUCAGGUGCUUGGGUUAAGUGUUCUGAAGUAAUGUUCUCUUAGACAGCAGCUGACUGACAUUUUCCAGUGAGCAUGUUAUAAGAUUGUGGUCAUUCUUUAGGUUCCUUCCCCCCCCCCCCCCCCCCCCCUUAUUAUUCUUUAUUCUGCUGUUCAUCAUGUUUAAGUUUACUGAGAGGCUUGUUUCAAAUUAAUAUCGUUUUGAAAUUUUAAAUGUGAGAAAUUUAAAUAAACAUUUUUGUACAUAGUACAUAGUAGAUAGCACUUAAUACCUAGUAAACUUAUGUAGUUAACAAUGUUUUUAUAGUCAUUUAUAAGUCUAUUGGAGCUGGGGUCACAUAGUGUUUCAGUUUUGUUUUGCAUGUUGACUCUAAUGCAUGUAACAGGCCUCAAAGUGCUUUAUUCACUUGAAAAAAGUUAUAAAAGUGACCUUUGUGAUAGAAAAAGUGAGAAAAAAGUGAUCUCCAGGAAAAUAAGUGAUUAAAAAGGUGACCUGAAAUAUAACUGAAAUAACUGUUACAAAAUAUUCUGAUUGUAGUAAAAUAAAAUGUUAGGUUAUAUAUGGAUCUAAUAAAAUACUGACAGUUAUUCUAUUAUCUAUUUAAAAACACACAAGUUACAAAUUAUGCACCAGUAGCACAAAAUUAAAAGAAACAAAUUAUUCACAUACCUAAGAUGGUGAAAGAGAAGUCAACUUCUAAACUGUGACUUAAAAGUGGUUUCCAUGAAAAUUCUGUCAAGAUUAACAUUUUUAUAUUGUCUUAUAAAAUGAACUAAGAAUUAUAUUAAUUAAGAAGACACCAUAGGCCUACUACAAAACUGUAUCUAAUCCAAUUUAAGAACAUUUCAACAUCAGCAAACUUAUGUCAGAACACUCCAUCAACACAAAACAUCUAAUUUUUUGAGUAUUUUGAAAAAUAGUCAGAAAUAAUUUUAGAUUUCCUUUUCUCCACUGAGUGUUGUACAGUAUCAACCUCAAGCUUCUUCUCUGCAGCUUCUUUUCUGACUGUUAACACCUUCCAACAUGGCCUGGGCCAAUCCAAUUUCCUGCAUAUCUUUCUUUUCUACAGCCCUCUUUAAUCUCUUAUCUGCCUCAAAAAGUACAUCUGCAGUCUUUCUUUUUUGCUGCUCUUCACUUUGCAAACUCUUCAAUUUGUUCUCAGCACCAGCUAUUAUCUUUCUCUCAUCUUUCAGUUGUUGUAUUCUCUCUGCUUCCACUAAUUUCUUUUCAUCUGUUUCCAACUUUUUCCUAGCUGCUUCUUCUUUUAAAGCAUUCUCAUUUUGCAAGUGUGUAAGGUAGCUGCUAUGAGCUACACGAGCCAUUGCUAAUAGCUCUCUUGUAAUGGGAACCAAAUCAGGCUUGCUGUGGUACAUCUUCAUUAUUGCACUCUUGACAGUCAUUGCUGCAUCGAGUGUUCUUUCCGACAUGCAAGCUUUGUCUUGAGUUAAGAUGUGGGAGGACAAAGAAAACCCUCGCUCUAAGUCAGCAUUUCCGUGUGAAAGAGCCAAAACAGAUUUUACAACUUUAGCAACGUUUGGGUAUUUAUCAUCACCAAUGCUGUUCUUCAAAACAAAAAAACUGAGCCCAGUAGUCAUCUAUACUGCCACCACACACACUUUCCUUUUCACACUGGAGUAGUUUCCAUUCAUCUAACAGAAUACUUUCAUCAAUUACAAUGGGCAGACCCUUUGCUAGAGCAACAAUGUCUCGACAACUGCGGUGUAAAACCCUUUCUUCUGGCUGGAGGCAACGGCAAUUCUUCAGAAGUGGUUUCAAUAUUAGGGGUGACUUUCUGAUAACAUGAGUAACAGUUUCAACGUAAUGGUUUUUCACUCCGGCCAAAAACUCCAGCUGAAACCUUUCAUCCACCUGUAACAUAUACCCUUUAUGAUUUUGUAAAUGUGUUUCGAACCAAGAGUUAGGGUGCCCACUAUAUAUACUUAUAUAUCCUAACUGCAAAAGCAAAUUCUACAACAAAUUUACCAGGUGUUAAAAUUGUUGGUAAUUGUCUAGAAUAGGGUCUCUUGUGAAAAAAUUUUAAAAAAAUGUCAAAUUAAAAUUUGAAAAUAGGGUGCACUCAAUAGUAACAACCUUUCUCAUUAAUAACCUAAAAUGAUUUUCAAAUUAGAAUCUUUUUCACCCCUAAUAUCAAUAACAUUUCGAGGUAAGUUAAUCACACCUCCUGCCUGCUAGUUUUGUUUUUUAGGGAUUUCCUUUUUUAAAAUAAAAUAUUCAUAUUUUUAAAAAAAAACCAGCAGGCACAAACAUAUUAAACUAGCCUUGGGGGGGGGGGGGGGGGGGGGGGUGGUGUAUAAUAGGGGUAAAAAAAAUUUCAAAUUCAAAAUAAUCUUUUUACAGUAUUAUUAAAGGAGGUGAAUACUAUUUAAUUAAUACACUUUCUAAUUUUUUAAACAUUUUUGAAAAUGCCUCUAUUCUAGACAAUUGCAAAAUGGUUUAUUGCACUUACUGCAAUGAUCUGUGCAUAAUUUAGUACAUUGUUUACACGUUUGAACCAAAGUUAAAAAUGGUAGGCUACUAUAAGAAAUAUAUUACAAAACAAAAAUGAUUCCAGGUUCUUAAAAAAAAAUUCUCCUACUCUUCCUUACAGGUGGAAAAAAAAAAAAAUUUCCAGGUCAAGUGUCCAACCUGAAAGUACAAUUUGAAGAUUUAAAUCUUAAACAACUAAAUCUAGAACUUACCUUUGAAAUUUCUGUCAAAAUCUCUUUCUCAACAUGGAUUUUCUAGGCAGGAAGUAGGUUCUCUGUUGUUAGUAAAUCUUCACUAACACCAACAGUUUGUAUAAGUCCUGGUUUGCAAACCUUUCCAAGCAAACUCUUAGCAAGAGUGUCUAGUUCAUCAUGAAUAACAUGUAUCAUUGGUUCUUCCUUCUGGAAUGCACCAGUGAAGCGUGUGAAUACUCUGGCACUGCUGCACACGAAAGGAAGUUAAGCGUUUUAUAGUAGGCUUCUUUAGUAAACUCACUAUUCUCUUGUAGUUGUUGCUCUUGCCUAGGCUAUUUCUCUUCUUGGGGACAUAACUUAGGAAGUAUUUUUUGAGAGCUUCCCAUUGUUUGAUCAAUCGUGAUGCAGCUCCUUCUAAGGUAAGCCACCUUGACGGAACAUGCUUGAUGAAACUAUGUUUUGGAACAGAUAGGUCAUCUUGUAUUUGUAAGUAGUCCUCACAUCUUAAAGGCCAACCAUCAAAAAAACCAUGGAUAGCCAUUACCAAAUCAGCUACAUCUUCUCCAAGUUUAUCAAGUCCACUGAGAAAUGCAUUGUGAUGUGUGUGGAUGCUGCAUGUGCCAAUAUUAACAAGGGGUGCCUUGCAAAUAGAAACCAACUCUUCACAUAUAAUACGAGCAACUUUCUUGUUGACAUUAGGGCCAUCACUCCCUAACAUUAAUAUCUUCUGACGAGGUAACUCAGCAUUUUCUAGUGCACAAUUAAUUUUCUCAACCAGUAUAUCGCCUGUAGCUGAUCCAAUAAAAAAGGUUUCAAGAUGGUGAGUGAUAAUCUGUAGCUUCGUUUUAGACCAGUACCUGAUAGCAAUUUGCAGUUCCUUUCUACCUGUGUGGUUUGUUGUUUCGUCAUAGCAUAAUGAAUAGUAUGCACCAUCCAUGUCUUUCAAAAUAACAUUGCGAAAAUAUGGGCUUAAUGGAUCUGUUAGUAGAUACCUAAAUUUAGUGCUGCUCAGGCUUAAGUCCUCAGGCACACCCUCACCAAACAUACUUUUAAAAAUGUCAGCUAUUCCUCCACAAGAUGAUGCUGAAUAAUUUGAAAUAAUACAUUUCAUUACCCAUUUCAGUUAUGCACUUGUUGCACGAUCUCGUACACUGUAAAGACAUUUAACAUGGUUUUCUGAGGACACUACACUUGAUAUGGAAGCUGAACAUGAAGGUCGAACGACCGUGAAUUUUAGCUGACUAGGAGCCAACUUAUCCCGACAUUCACUCUUAUGUCGCUCGCAAGUAGCAUGCUGAGAUAGUGCUUGAUACCCUUUGGUUGAUAUUUUGAUUGUGACACAGCAAACUGCACAAAAAACAUCAGUAUCGUUACGUUUUUUUGCCCACUCGUUAAUGAUAUAUCCAUUAUCUUCGCGCCUCUCUAGCCACUCGCUAUGAAAACGACACUUCCCCAUCUUCACCACACAAGAAAACAUCAAAACACUACGAUAUUAUUUCCCGGUUACUUGUUUAUCUCAAAUAAUAUAAUAAUGACACAAGUCAUAUCGCUAGCCAAGGCCCCUAAGGACAAAACUAACUUAAGACCAUAAUCAGACUAACUACAGAACAAACUGGCGUGAACGUAGGUUAUCUACCAUCACGUCAGCCGAUCGAUACUGUAGGGCGAAUCGAUUAAUGGAUAGUUCGACUUCAGUUGUUGUUUACGCUUUUACGCAUGUAAAAAACUAUCUCGACACAAUCCGUGUUAUGGCAAACGGCAAAUACCUUGAUUACAGUCAAAAACACAAAUUCAAGCAUUUAAUUAAUGUCACUUUCAUAAACGGAAAUGCAAAUUUUGGUUACCAAUAUCGAAAAAAAAGUAAAUUAAGUGACUGAAAAAAAAAAGUGACAAAAAGUGAUUGAUGCAAAAUAAGUGACUGUAAGUGAGUUAAGUGACCAUUUUCGACCCCUUAUGUAAUGAAAAAAAAAGUGAACACACUCGCACAGGAUUUCAACGUCUUUAUUUAUAUUUUAUAUUACACAAGACAGCAGUACACAGUACAGUGUGCAGUAAACAUUAAACUGUUUGCUACUGCAACUCAUUGGACUAGAUUAGCAUGGCUUAGAACUAUUCUGUCAGGAUCACUGGCAUACACGCUGAUUGCACAAAGGGCCAACUCAGCUCUUUCCAAAUGUUAUGGAGAUACAUCAGUUACUGACAUUUUCCCAAUAGCCACUCCUUCCUUUAUAUGCACCAUUGCAGAUACCUCAUUGGCACUAACCUUCCCUCCAUAACACUGCUUUACUUCAUUUACCCUCCUCUUCCCCAUGAACACAGUGGUUUUAGGUGUUUGUACUGCUGUUGGCAGCUAUAAUAAUACAGCUAUAAUUAUGAAAUCAGCCAGCAUUUCAUCAAAACUUAACUCACAAAAAUUUAAUGUAUGAAAUUCCACGAAUGCCAUUUAUUUAGCUAUUUAGCAUGGGAAAAUGGAGAGAAAAAAUAAUUAUACUUUGCUGAACAAUUCUUACAUUAUUUAUCCUCGUUAAUGCUUGCAGAUUUAUGUUUAUUAGUCCGAGUAAUUCUGAUGGUUUUACCAUUUUUAAGACUUGUAGAAACAUCUUGAGACUGUUUGUAUAUCUGCACUUGUGAUUGAAGUGCUUGCCUGUAAGUUUAAUGAAAUACGGCAUGGUAAAGAGCUCUAGGACUGCAGAGUUUAUGGAAUGAUGCCUUGUCAUCAAGCUUCCGGGACCAGCGUCGAUGCUGCUCUCUACCAUGGCUAGAUCAGUAGGGUACUCAAAGAGCAGGAAUUUUUUUGGUUUCUGUGGCUGACUUGCAGUCUUCAUUAGCCUGCAAAGAUUGCACUACUUACUGUACAAGUUGGACGUAGUUUUUUUCUCUGUGCAUGUCUUUUUAUCUGUCUGGAUAUUUAUGUGUUCCGCUAUAAAAUUUUGCGCCACUCGUCUGAUAGUCAUAAAACCUGUAUGUAUGGGUUUUUAAGGUUCUGGAUUUGACUUUUUUUAUGUUUUGUAAAAAUUGUUUUGCUUUCAAAAUACCCAUCACAUUAAUAAUUUAUUUAGGGCUAAAAAAUAAAGAUUUAUGUUCCUCAAUAAAAAUAAAUAACCUACAAAUAUUAAUCAAAGAUCUGAACCAUGUUUUCAUAAAAUAUGGUAUUUUUAACCCUUUACACAGCCAUUGUUGUUGACAUUUAAUAUUUAAGUCAUUUUAAAAGUCACAAAAAUGAUAUUGGGAAACUCUGGUUAUUAAACAUUGUUACUUAAGGCCAAUGUUACAUAACCUGCAAUAGCAACAAAUAUAUUGUUUCAAAAACAUUCUUCCAUAAAAUAAAAUUCCCGAUGUAAUUUUGUAAUGAUGGGAACAUUUUUCACAAAAUGCUGUGUGUUGUAUAAAAUUAUAAUUUUCAAUAACUUUUAUUUUCUCAAUAAAAACAUAUUGUGAUGAGCUCAGACUGGCACUUAACUCCAGAUAUAAAUAAUCUGAACAACAAUAUAUCUGAAAAUAAGAAUGACAUCCAAAAUAUUUAUGGCCCAAAUAAUUGUAUUUGUAAAAAUAUUUUAAGUAAAACAUUUAUAAAUAAUUUGUACCAUGGAUCCUGUUAGGAUUUUUACCUUUUGUGCUUAUUUAUUUUGAACAUGGCAUUUAGACAUUUCCAUGUAACAGCUUUACAUACUUUUUAUUUAGGCAAUUUUCACUAUUUUUCCAAUUAGUGUUUUUUCUUCUUAAAUAUUUCUAAUUCUUAAAUUUUUACACUUCUAGUCAAAUGAAUAGAUCCAGAUAUAUUGGUUGACUAACCUCUGCAUUUUACUUGAAUCUUAAAUUACUCUGUCUAGAAAACAUCUAUUUGGUGUAAAGUUUUUUUUGUGAAGAGCCAGAUUUAGCUGUCUUAUUAAUAAAUCUCAUACAUGUUUAUAACUUUUUUCAAAAAUCUAACCUAUCUAAAUGAUUAUGUACUGUAUUCCAGAAAUAUUAAAAAAUAUUUGGAGUAUGCUAACUUAAAAUUGAAAUAAUGAUCAGUAAUCAAAAAAAUUGGUAAUCCUACUUACUGAAUCUGUGUAAAAAAUUUUUAAAUCAGUUGAAUUUUUCUUUUUAAUACAUAAUUUCUCCUGUUAUAGCAUAAUAUAAAUUUACUCAUCUGAGUUUGAAAUGCGAAAAAAAUUUAUUUCAUAAAAAAAAGAACAAGUUAAAAUAAAAAAAAUGGAAUUGACUUCAUGUAAAUACACUUAUUUGCUAAGGCAGUUACUUCUUGUUUUAAUUGGUGAUUUUUUGUCGUGGUCAUGACCACACAGUUAGUCUCGUUGGUAAAUGUGUGGUAGUGGGGCGUCAGACAAGUCGGGAGCAAGGUGUUGCCACAAGCUGGCCUCUGACGCAGCACUGCCAACCCGGUCCUGACGUAACAAUCCCAGGGAACUGGUUGGUUGCUUCCUUGCCGCACUCUCCCCCGCCUCUGCUCGUAAACCACUGGCAUCUGCAGCCGGUCCAGCGAGGUUGUCUUUGAUAGUAGUUCCACCGACUUGCCUUGCAAGGGAUUGUAAUCUCACAGGGCUCAUAUUUAGCUGUAUUUUCUGUGUGGUUGUGUUUGAAUCCUAAAAUUGAUAUUUCUUGCUCUUUCCUGUCUAUGUGAUCUGUUAUCUUUUUUCACUCACAGUAAAGAUGUCUUUGCAGCUGCUGAUGAACAAUCUGCCACUGUCUGUACUAGUUGCCUGUUCAUCUGCUCACACUGUUCUGUCAGGAGUUGCUGUAAAUUAUCUUUGCUGUGGUGUGCAAUGUCUUAAGUUACUGUGUUUAUUUGGGUACUGGGAUUGCUAUUCUAAAGUGGUAUUUUGAUACAGAGGCGAUAUAAAAUUAGUGCGGAGUGAGGAAUUAUGAGUAAAAUUUUCCUUGUGCUUGUAAAAGAGUUAUAUUUAAAAUUAGAUUAGUGUAAAAUUAACAUUCCCAGAAAGCUUGUGUUGGUGAAAAUAUUUUGUGCUCGUGGGCUUCUGCAAUUGUAAUUUUUUGUUGGAAACCAAGAAACAAAAACUACAAAUGCAAGAAAGGGUAUAAAAUAGAGCAUUAAUUGGGACCUCGGUAAAGUGUUGUAAAGUGCAGGUGUAUUUAAUAUAUUGUGGGUUUCAUUGGUUUUAUAAUACGGUUAACUUGAAGUAGUAUCACAAGUCUGCUUUACACAGGCCAAGCGAGCAUUCGAAACCAGAGGCGGAGAACAGCGUGAUGUCGUUACACUGUGGCUGUCUUGUAAGAACCAGUCUUACUUAUGUACUAGUAAACUGUCUGAGAUGUUGCACAGUUAGUCUUAGCUGGUUUUUCAUUGUUGAAUAUAUUUUUGUAGUUAAAAAAAUGUAAAAUGUGAGAGUAUUUUUUGAAAACUUAUUCACACAUUAUACAGCAAGAGUAACAGCAAUGUGUGUGUAUGUAAUGUAAAAUGUCAGAAAUAUAUGGGUUACCUAUAAAAACUUAAAGUGUAUUCCUUAAACACACAAAAAAUGUUUUAUAUAUGUAGUAUGUUUUAAAUAGUCUGUCUCAGAUUUUAUCUGUUUAGUUUUCAAAACAUUUAUAGAGAUGGAUGGAGACUCUAAAACUAGAGCAGUCAGGCAUGUAGCUUCAGCUCGCCUCGACUCAAAAGUUGAGUUCAUUUUACUCAGAGACAAGUCUGUACAUUAUUUUUCCUAAAAUUCAGUCCAUAUUUGACAUGAAUAACAACCAUUAAAUCAUGUACUACUAAUUUGCAAACACUAAACCAUCAAACUAUUCAAUUGCAUGACUUUAUACUGCAAUGUUUUUUUUUCUUGUUGUUUCAUCAGUGCUGUACCGAGGUUAUAAUAAGUUAUCAUUAAAUGCCACUAGUUUACUGAUACAACCUAACUCAUGCAAAAGUAUUAAUAUUAUAGUUAGUAUUCUUGCCGGUUAAAUUUAAGAAAAGAAACACAAAAUAAUAGUAAUAAUUUCAUUAGUUACACAUUUGUUCACACAUGGAAUUGGAAUGCAUGUUACAUAACAUAAAAAAUAAACAAACCCCUUUCAAGACUGAAUUUUGAAGGUGGUCACUGGGAAAGGAAUGGAUAUCCUUAUUCCGUACCGUUCUGUUCCACUUUUUUAUAACGACAUACUGAUGAUAAAAUAAAUCUCAUUCUAUAUUCUAUGAUAUGAAGACCAUUGGGAAAUGAAUAUUAUGCCUGAGGAUAAACUAGAUACUUAAUAUUAUAAUUGUUUAAGGAUUGUGAAGGCAUUACUUUGGAACUAUAGCCAACUGGUCCACAGUUUUAACUUUAUUAUUUUUAAUAAUCUAUUAUUUUAUUUUCUAUUUUUCUCAAAACUUUAGACAUGAGUGUGAACUUAAAAUAUUUAAUAUUAAUUGCCUAAAUAAUUUUUCAGAAGGAAACAAAAAUAUGAACUGCAUGCAUUAUUUAUUUUUACUCAGUAUUGUAGCUUAAUCCAUUCUAAUUAUUUUCAUUUUAUGACAUCUCAAAAGAAAUUCUUAUGCAAUUUCCUGAGCUCAAUUUAGUUUUUUGUGACUUUACUUAAAAAUAAUAAUAUAUUCUCAACCCGACUCGACUAUAAGGUAUUAUUACUGAAUUCCAUUGGGCUCGACUCUUCUUAAAAAAUUUGCAGUCUCAUCCAACUCUAAAACUAUCUCAAGUCAAAAUGUUUUUAUUUGUAAAUUUUUACUUUUAUGCAGUUUCAGAUAUGGACAGCCAAAUGUUUAUGGUUGGUUCUUGUUUGAUAAAUUUAGAUAUGUGAGUAAAAUUAUAAACAGCGUUGAACACAGUUGUAAAAAAAUAAUGAUGUAUUGUAUAUUAUUGUAUUGUUAAUUGCUACAUUUUCCGUCCAUAUCAGGUACUGGGCGCUGUAAAAUACUAUGCAUGAAAACUACUGUCACUUUUUAACUACACAUUAUGUCAUAAAAAAAAUUCUGUAUCACGCCACACACUAAUAUUUAAUUUUUUUUUUUGUUUCACGAGUUUUACUGUGAAUGUUAUGUAACAGAAUAUGUUGUAUAAUUUUGUUCCGACAAAAUAGUGUUUUCUUCCGAGAACUGUAAUGCAGGAAUAUGUGGUGGAUUUGUCUUCACAUUUAUAAUGUUGUCUAAUAAAUUGUGUAAUAAACUGUGUAUAUUGUGCAGAUAUGAAAUUAUGCGUAUAUUUAUAUGUAUAUUGAUGAAUAUAAAAAUUGAAUUGUGUAUAAUUUAUUUAUGUGUACAUGCAUUGUAAAUGUUAAAUUGUCAUACUAUAAAACACUUUGGAUAAUUGGAUCCAAUGUUUUACAUGUUACAAUAUAAUACAUAUUUUAAAUGU